AUGUCCCGCGCAAACCCUCCCAAUAACGCCUCGGCGUCGCGCAAAAUAUCUUUCAAUGUCAGCGAACAGUACGAUAUUCAGGACGUCGUUGGUGAAGGGGCUUACGGCGUUGUCUGCUCCGCCAUCCAUAAGCCAUCUGGCCAAAAAGUAGCCAUUAAGAAGAUUACACCCUUCGAUCAUUCCAUGUUCUGCCUUCGAACCCUCCGCGAAAUGAAGCUUCUUCGAUACUUCAAUCAUGAAAACAUCAUUUCCAUUCUCGACAUUCAGAAGCCCAGAGGCUUUGAUUCGUUCAACGAAGUGUAUCUCAUUCAGGAGCUCAUGGAGACCGACAUGCACCGAGUCAUUCGUACCCAGGUACUUUCCGAUGACCACUGCCAAUACUUCAUCUACCAGACCCUACGGGCACUCAAGGCUAUGCACUCGGCCAAUGUGCUGCACAGAGAUCUCAAGCCCUCCAACCUGCUCCUCAACGCCAACUGCGAUCUCAAGGUCUGCGAUUUCGGUCUUGCCAGAUCCGCCGCUUCGCAGGAAGACAAUUCUGGAUUCAUGACCGAAUACGUUGCUACCCGCUGGUACCGUGCACCCGAAAUUAUGUUGACCUUUAAGGAGUAUACCAAGGCCAUCGACGUCUGGUCUGUGGGCUGCAUCCUCGCCGAGAUGCUGAGCGGGAAGCCCUUGUUCCCCGGCAAGGAUUAUCACCACCAGCUGACCUUGAUUCUCGACGUCCUUGGCACCCCCACCAUGGAAGAUUACUACGGGAUCAAGUCGCGCCGCGCUCGUGAGUAUAUCCGCUCGCUGCCCUUCAAGAAGAAGGUCCUUUUCCGCACGCUAUUCGCCGACACGUCUGAUCUGGCCCUUGACCUGCUGGAAAAGCUUCUCGCCUUUAACCCCGUGAAGCGAAUCACGGUUGAGGAGGCUCUUAAGCACCCGUAUUUGGAGCCUUACCACGACCCCGAAGAUGAGCCGACCGCCCCUCCGAUUCCCGAGGAAUUCUUCGACUUUGACAAGCAUAAGGACAACCUGAGCAAAGAGCAGCUGAAGCAGCUCAUCUACCAAGAGAUCAUGCGGUAA